UCUUUCAUCCCUCUCCAAGUCAGAGAGCUAUGACCUCGUAAUCCCAUUCCCCAAACUCAUAUUUCUAUCUCUCAAUUUCUACGUCCAUUUUAAUCCCUACUCUCAAAAUGGUCAGACUCUCCUCUCUCAAAUCCUCCACCAACAACUUCCUCAGAAAACACAGAAAGUGGCCACACUCACCUUACAAAACCAAAUGGCACCAAAUCUUCAAUCAAAACCAAGCCAUGCGAACACUAAAACAAACCGCAGCAACAACAAUAAAAAAAGAACCCCCACAACAAGAGCAAAUCUCAAACAAACGACCCCACCUCCUCUCAACUCUCAUACACACCUUCAACACCUACAACUGUGACCCAACCCCAACUGCCUUUAACUACCUCAUCAAAACCUUUGCCGAAACCUCUCAACUCCACCACAUUCCACACGUGCUCCACCACCUCAAACGUGUCCCAAAAUUCCAAACGCCAGAAUAUGUUUUCAUUAACCUCAUCAAAAUUUACGGCAAUGCCAAUAAACUUGAAGAGGCUGUUUCUUUGUUUUAUGAAAUACCCAAGUUUAGUUGUGUACCUACAGUGUACUCACUCAAUACUUUGCUCUCAGUGCUUUGUAAAAAAAGUGAUGGGCUUAAAUGGGUUCCUCAGGUUUUGUUAAAUAGUCAUCAGAAAAUGAAUAUAAGGAUUGAAGGGUCAACUUUUAAGAUUUUGACUAAAGCUCUAUGUAGAACUAGGAGGGUUGAAUAUGCUAUUGAGGUUUUGGACUGUAUGAUAAAUGAUGGGUAUGAUUUUGAUUCAAAGAUUUGUUCUUUGAUAUUGAGAACUUUGUGUGAACAAGAGGGUUUGAGUGGUUUUGAGGUAAUGGGGUUUGUCGAAAGAAUGAAAAAGUUGGGUUUUUGUCCUGGGAUAAUGGAUUAUUCUAAUGUAAUAAAGCUUUUGGUGAAGGAAAGGAAGGGUUUUGAUGCUAUGGAGGUUUUGAAUCAGAUGAGAAUAAAUGGGAUUAAGCCUGACAUUGUUUGUUACACUAUGGUUUUGAAGGGGGUUAUUGUGGAAGGGGAUUUUGGUAAAGCAGAUGAGUUGUUUGAUGAAUUGCUUGUGUUGGGUUUGGUUCCUGAUGUUUAUACUUACAAUGUGCAUAUAUAUGGUUUGUGUAAGCAGAAUAGUGUGGAAGCUGGGAUUAAGAUGAUUGGUUCAAUGGAGGAAUUGGGGUGCAAGCCCAAUGUGAUUACUUAUAAUACAAUAUUGGAUGCAUUAUGUAGGGCUGGGGAGUUGAGUAGGAUGAGGGAGCUUGUGAGGGACAUGGGAGACAAGGGUGUUGAGUUCAAUAUUCGGACUUAUAGGAUUAUGCUGAAAGGUUUAAUUGGUGAAGGUGAAAUUAUGGAAGCUUGUGUUUUGUCUGAGAAAAUUUUGGACAAAUUUUUCUGUCCUCAAUGUGAGACAUUUGAUGAGGUAAUAUUUGGAUUGUGCCAAAAAGGAUUGGUUUGUAAAGCAAUGGAAUUAAUGCAGAAAAUAAUUGGCAAGAAUAUUGCUCCUGGGGCUAUGGCCUGGGAAGCCCUGCUCCUUAGCUCUGGAUCUAAACUUUGUUUUUCUGAGACUAUUUUGGCUGGUUUGGUGAAUGGUGAACCCACUGUAAACUCACCCAGUUAAGUUGCUGGAAUGGCAACCUUGAAUUGGUGAAUGGUGAACCUACUAUAAACUAACCAAUUUAGGUUGCAGGAACAGUAACCUUAAUUUGGUGAAUGGCAAACCCAAUAUGAAGUGACCCCUUUAUGUGUUUUUUCUCGUUUCCUUCACUUUUUUGGUGGUUCAAUUCUAUUGUUUUUGGUUGUAAAGGUACCAUAAUAGCAUUAGUAAAAAUUCAGUACAAAGGAGUCUGGGGUAAGUCACACCCCACGCAUCAGCCUCAAGGUGGCUUCUAACAAAAUUAGGGGGACAGAAAAUGCAACAAAAGAGCGAGCUAGAAGGCAGCCUUUUUUUGCAAGAUGAUAUGCACAAUAAUCUCUCCUUGGGUGAGUGGCACAAAUGAUGGGAAUCCAGCUUACUAAGGUACCUGCAAGCAGAAAAAAAUUGGGUCAAACUAACUCUAGAUCAGGCUGCUGUUCCCCUCUACUGAGGGCUGUGUCUUGUAUUAGAUCAUAGGUGAUUUGAGAACAAUUUUCUUGUUAAGUAGAUAAUAGAAUAACUUUCCUUCUUUUCAUAUUUAUGUAUAGCAUGUCUUCACAUUCAUCUGUU